AUGCCUAAAUCUUCCAAUUACACUGAAGAGCAAUUGCAAAAUGCCAUUGACACAUUUAGAAAGAAUCCAACAUUAAAAAUCACAUCCCUGUCACAAGAAUUCAAAGUUCCAUAUGCAAUCGUGUAUGAAAGGCUUAAUGGCAAGAAAUCGAGGACUAUGAGGGUUCCACUCAAUCGAGUGUUGAAUGACAGCCAGGAGAAGGCUAUUAAGAUGUGGAUUCAUCAGAUGAAUGUUAAUUUUUACCCACUCACAAUUGAGCAUAUUGAAGCUGCUGUGAAUUAA